UUUUCAGGACGUUAAAGUUGGGACUGCUCGUGCACAAUAUGUGACCGUUUAACGAAGGAUACUUUAAUUAUGGGGGCAAACACAUCCUUACCUGAUAAGGGGGCCUCCUAUUCUAAUUCAAGGAGUUCCACAUUGUCACGCUAUGCAAAUGCAAUUUUGGGGGAACCCGAUCCACCGGUGCCAAAGGAGCGGAAGAAAAAGUCAUCGAAAUUAGCAACAUUACGUAAAAAGUUGAUACGAGUUCGACGUCAUAGUCGGAACUUUGAUUACGCAAAGACAAUCAGGGAGUUUACGUCUAAUUGGAGUAUUCGGGAACUACAUGCUUUAGUGGAGGAAUAUGAAAGUAGUGCUCUAUUGAAGGAGUUAACUAUUCAAGCCAACCUGGCGAGACCCAGGGCUAAUACUUACAAGGAAGAUUUAUCAGAUUUGUAUGAUUAUAAAUACUGUACGGAUGUAGAUUUAAUAUACCAAGGGGCAUGUUUCCCGGUACAUCGGGCGAUUCUCUCCGCCCGAUGCUCUCAUUUCAAAGAUUUACUUGCACAGUACCCGGGAUAUGGAGCGGAAAUACCAAUCCAUAUAAGGACACCCGGGAUUGAUGUUGGCAUGUUCUCGGAUCUCCUCCGGUAUUUGUACACGGGGGAGAUUCAGUCAGGAGUGACGAAGCUUGAUAGCUUGGAUCUUCUUGUUCAGUUAAGUGAGGAAUUCGGGACGUUGAAUUAUCUCGAAACUGAUCUCCGGACUUUGCUCGAGACUAGCGAUCAUAGUGACGCUGUACUUGUAUUCAGUAACGAUGCUGAUUAUUUGACACCAGAAACUGCGAAUGAAAGUCCGAACUCAAAACAUGAACUUCGAUGUCAUAAGUCGAUUCUUGCAGCCCGAUCGCCAUUUUUUCGGAAUUUAUUAAUGCGCAGAGCGCGCUCUGGUGAGGAAAUCAAUGAGCGAGCCCUACAAGCUCCAACUCGGAUUGUAUUGGAUGAGUCUGUUAUUCCCAAACAAUAUGCCCGUGUUCUCUUACAUGCUAUAUAUUUAGAUUCUGUGGAUUUAACGUGUGUUGUCAGAGGAAGUUCCAGCACGUGUAGUCUCAGUGAGGUUCAAGCAAUGGUUUCUGGGAAGGGUCACAUGACCCAUACUGAUGAGGCAAUGGAGAUUUACCAAAUCGGCCAAUUCAUCGAUUUUCCGAUACUCUCACAAGGUAUAUAUUUUUCUCUUAUGUAAUUUAUUAUCUCAUGUACGAGCCUGUAUAUCUUGCAUGAAGAAAAACAUUUCUUUAACAUAUCUUCGGGCAAACAAGGUUAGAAACAUUUUGCAUCCAAUUUAUUGCUGUUUGAUGCUUUUGCCUGUCUCAGAUCUUAGUAAAUCAUUUAUCUUAUUAGUAACACAUUAAUCAUUUUACUUUCAACUUUGCUAAAUACCAAGUCUCAUUAUCGGCAACAUGCUCAAUUUCCUACAAUUUUUCAUGCAAUAGUUUGAUCUGCUGCGCAGCGUGUUAUCGAAAACAUAUGGCUAGUUUGUUGAAUAUGUCAAAUCUUGCACAAAAUGUGUAGCUAUACAUCAUUUUUAUGUGCAUAUUCUCAGAAGUAUGAAUAUAUU